UUCUACUACUACUGCACCAAACUGCUCUCUCUCUCAGCUAUCCUCCUCUAUUAUACAUACAUAUAUAUCACCCUCCACGUUCUCUCUCUAUCUGGAACUCUGCCAUUUCCUGCACACGACACUACUCUCUCUCUCUCUCUCUCUCUCUCUCUCUCUCUCUCUCCCUCUCUCUCUCCCUACAUUAUGUAAAUACUGUUCAAGUGAUAACGGAGAUAGAUUAAUUGCACGUAUAUAUCUCUCUAUCGGAGCACAGAUAUGCUGAAAUUGCAUAGACACAAAUCUAAUUCAAGCUCUGAUCAUCAUAAAUCUCACACUGAUGACAAAAUUGACUUCAAAUUCUCCAACAUUCAAGCUUUUCAGGUACCUAAAGGGUGGGAUAAGCUUUUCGUGACUCUUAUCUCUGCGAAAAAAGGGAAAACUAUUAGCAAAACAGGGAAAGCAUCAGUGCGAAAUGGAAGCUGUCGAUGGACAGAGACUUUAUCAGAUUCAAUAUGGGUUGCACGAGAAAGUGAUUCAAAAGAUCCUGAGAAAUACCUCUUCAAACUUGUUGUUUCCAUGGGAUCAGCUAGAUCUAGUAUCCUUGGAGAAACUUCAAUCAAUCUGGCUGUUCAUAUGAGUUCAAGAGUUUCUGUCCCUGUUUCAUUGCCUUUAAAAAAAUGUGUUCAUGGGACGACUAUACAAGUUGAAGUUCAGUGCUUGGCACCAAGAACAAAACUUGGGACUGAAAAUUGUAGCGAGGUGCAUUCAGUCACAGAAGAUGUUACUGCAGAUGAUGACAUAGAUAGCAUGUCGAAUGGAUCCAGCUAUACAUUUACAAAGAGUUUUGGGUCUUCUUCUGGUAACCUAAGUCAUCGUGGAGAACAUGGAAGCAGGGAAACAAGUUUCUCUCUUGGUUCGGAGGAUUCAUUAAGUAGGGAAAGCUUCUCCCCACAAAGUAACUUAACUGGUGGUUUAAACAAUGUGAUUGGUCGACAAGAUUCAACUGGGUCCCAAAGUAGUGCAUCGUAUGGAUCUUAUCAUGUCUAUGAUUCUUCUACCUCAAAUCACUCUCCUUAUCAUUUAGGAAAGAUUCCUCAAACCCAAAAAGAAGACCGAGGACAAAUAUUGCAUAGUAUAGGAACAUCACCUUUACAAAAUUCUGAUUCCUCUAAUAACUUUCUUGAACCAGAAGAAGUUAAAACUGAAGAACUUAGGGCGGAAGCUGGGAUGUGGGAACGAAAUGCUCGAAAAUUGAUGGUUGAUAUAGAACUUAUAAGGAAGGAAUAUGAAGACCAGACUAAACGCCACACAGAUCUAGUUCUGGAGCUUUCUUCCUCGCAGACAGAAUGUGCUCAUUUGAAACAAGAAAUCAAACACCUGAAAGAGGAAGCUGCGAAAAAACAAAAUGAUCAUGAGAAUAUGAAACUUCAAGCCCUAGGCAAGGAUAGCAUUCAGAAUGAACUGGAAGAUGAGAUAAGAUUUCUCAGAGAAUCGAAUGGUAAUCUGGCACUGCAGUUGAACAAAACUCAAGAUUCAAACCUUGAGCUUGUCUCUGUGCUUCAGGAAAUGGAGGAGACCAUUGAAAAACAGAAAGUGGAAAUUGAUAAUCUCUCGACUCUCAAGUCAAAAUGUGCUUACACAGAAUAUGAAUCUAAUUCUGAGCAUCAGUACAUUGCUGAAGUUAAAAGUUCAAUUGAGCAAGUUUCAGCAGAGAAAAUGAUAAAGCGCACUUGUCAUUCAGAUCCGCGAAGCUGUAUUGAGCAUGUAAAAGCAGAUAUCCACACAGAAUUGAAUUCCGAGUCUCUUAAUCCUUUUGUUGGACAAAUCCCAGACACAAGGAAAUAUGAGAUUUCAAGUGAGCAAGAUAUCUUGGCUCAAGAUUUUAAAGAACAGUCAAGAUGCAAAUCAACUGUAAAGGUGGGAAUGAAUCUGGAAACAGAGUUGUCAAUUGCUCACAUCAGUCAAGAGUUGAGGUUGCCAGAUCAUGACAACAGGGACAAUCUGGAUCUAAUUAAUGAAAUAGAAUCUUUGAAGGAAAAGAUUCAAGAGCUGGAGAGAGAUUGUAAUGAGUUAACAGAUGAAAAUCUGGAGCUCUUAUGUAAGUUGAAGGAGUCAAAAAAUUUCUUAUCAAAUGACAGUCAAGAGGACACUUUUAAUGGUACAUCUAGCUCUGAAGAAAGAAAUAUUGAAUCACAAUUAUGGCAGCUCAGAGAGGAUAUAAAGAAAAAGGAGAUCCAUCGUCAAGAAGUAGACUCUGAUUUACAAAGUCGAUUUAAUGUCAUUGAAAGUAAAUGCAGUAACCUGGAGCUCCAGUUGCAAGGUUCAGAAGACAAAGUUUGUUAUCUCGAGAAUGAACUACACAAGAAAUGUGCCCAAAUAGAACAGCAGGAAUGUAAGAUUGCUGCAUUGAAGCAAAAGUUAUUAGUUCAAAGAGAAGUAGAAACUGAGACAGAUGAUGAUCCAGUUCUACAUAAGAAGGCGGAGACAGUUUUGGACAGUUUAGUUCCCAGAAAUGUUCUAUUGGACAGUAAAGAACUUAAGUCGCAGACACUUCAGGCUUCUGGUCAAGGAAUUGAGAAUCUUCAUAAAGAAUUGGAAUUGAGGGUUGCUGAUCUUGAGGAAGAACUUCUGACAAAAGACUCUGAGAUAGAAGAACUCAAGGCAGAUUCUUUAUUGAAGGAAAUAGAGAUUGAGGCACUACGGCAUCAACAAUGCGACUUGAAAGCUCAUAUUUCUGAUCUACAAAAGUUCAAAACUGAACUGGAGGGAAAAAUUGAAGCUAUGAAACAAGAAGGUAGUAGCAUGACCUCUGAAUCUUCAAAUAUGUUGGAGAAUGAUACGGUAAUAGUCAAAAGCAGUACUAAUUCCCAUAUUUUCGCAAAUAAGAUUCUUGAAAAGAAAGUCGUGGAACUUGAAAACUGCAGACAUGAUUUGGAAAUCAACUUGUCCGAGUUGGAAAUUGAAAAUGUACAAUUAUCAGAGCGUGUGUCUGGCUUAGAAGCUCAACUAAGGUACAUGACCGAGGCAAGGGAGAGUAGUCGCUUGGAAGCUCAACAUUCAGAAACUCGAAUAAUGAGCCUUAGGGAUGAAAUCAAUAGAUUAGUUAAUGAAACAGAGUCCCAAAAAGUUGAGAUGAGACAAAAGUUGGAGGAAAUGCAAACACGGUGGUUAGAAGCGGAAGAAGAAAGUGCAUAUCUGAAAAAAGCAAACCCAAAAUUACAGGCUACAGCAGAAAAUCUUAUUGGAGAAUGCAAUUUCCUUCAGAAAACAAAUGGAGAGCUUAGGCAACAAAGAUUAGAACUGAAUAAGCUCUGCAGUGUACUGGAAGCCGAACUAAAAGAAUCACAAAACAGGUCCGCUGGGUUUGUAAUGAGAAUUGAUGCUUUAGAAGCUAGGUUUUCUUCAAUGCUGUCUGAAUUUUCCUCGAAAGAGGAAAUAUUAGUUUCAGAACUUAAUGCUAUUCAUGUCCUGGACAAUGAAUAUAUAGAGAAACUGGAUCUAGGGGAGAGCUUGUUGAAUCAAAUGUACUUGGAGAAGGCAGCUGAAUGUGAAAAACUUCAGCAAGAGGUAGCACACCUCAGUACCCAGAUUUCUGCUACUCAUGAUGAGAGGGAGAAAAGAGGCUCAGAAGCUGUCUUAGAAAUGCACAUUUUACGUGCAAACAAUGACAAACUGGAAGCAACUCUUCAAGAAGUCCAUGGUAAACUAGAACUGUCCGAAAAGAAGCUUAAUAUGAUUCAGCUAGAAUAUGAUACAAAGGUUUUACAUCUGACUGGGGAACUGGCCGUCUCCAAACAAAACCAUGAAAAUCUUGUAGGUAAACAUGAAAAGCUACUGGGGCUAUUUAAAGAUGUCAGAGAUAAUGAAGAAAGACUUAAAGGCACAGUUGAUGAGCUCGAGUCCAAAUUUAAGUCAACUGAUUGCGAAAAGCUACAACUAGAAGAAGAAACCUCCAGCCUUAGGAGUCGAUUGCAGGAAAUCUCAUUUCUUCAAGAGGAAGUUCUAUGUCUUAAGACCUCAUUUAAUGAAAUGAAAAUUGACAAUCAGAGACUGUCAGCUUCAUUGCAAUUAGUAUCAGGAGACUAUGAAGAAGUGAAAGUGGUGAGGGACCAACUAAUUCAGAAAAUCUCUAGUAUGCAGAAUACAGUGUCUGAAUUAGAGGAUAACAAACGAAUUAAGGUUGCUUUAGAAGAAAAAAUUCUACGGCUAGAGGGAGAUCUUAGCGCUAGAGAAGCACUAUGUGCACAAGAUGCUGAACUGAAAAAUGAGGUUGGGCGAAUCAAAAGGACAAGUAGUCAAUUACAGUGGAAAAUAAGAAGCCUUGAAGAGGAGAAAGAAGAAUGUCUUGAUAAGGUUCGAGCACUUGAAGAGGAACUAAAGCAGGAGAGAGGAAUUACAGCAAACAGUGAUCAGUUGCCCAGAUCCUAUGGUACAUACACAGACCAUGAAGCACCUACGUCUUCAGAGGUUGGAAACUCUCCCAAUUUGGAUAAUGACAUGGCUUCAAGGAUCCAAUUUCUUGAAAAUGAACUUGCAGAGGCCUUGGAAGCCAAUGAUAUGUAUAAAGCUCAGCUUAAGAGUAUGUUGUCAGACAGCUCCCGAAUAGAUGCUGACAGCGAAAAAAUUAACGAAGAUAUUGAUCAAAGAAUGUCAUUACUGGAAACAGAGUUGAAAGAAUUACGCGAGCUCUACCUUCACAAGAGUCUCAAAUGCGCAGAGGUUGAAGCUCAGCGGGAACAACUAGUGAUGAAGCUAAAGACAACAAACAGUCAUAGAAGAAACUGGUUUUCGUAGAUCAUUGGUUGGUACUCACUAACACAACAUCAAUUCUAAACUUGUUAUACUAACAAAUGUAUAUUGUUACUGUAUUAAAUAGAAGAUGAGACAAAAUAAAAGGUUGGGGGUAAAGACAUCCUUGUGCGGAAGAUUUGACACCUAAUUGAGGUGUUGUGCUGUAUGUGGAAAUUACUGGAGCAAUGAAAGAAAAUCAGCUUUUAAUCCAAAUCUAUUUUUUUAGGGUCAGAAGCUUGUCUAUGUUAAUAUGGUGUGCUUUAGGUCAGUUAUUGGUCGCAGUUACAUUGACUUCUGCAUUACAUUGAUUUUCUGAAUACUGUAACGCAGAUCCUUUAGGAUUUGUUGUGUGUGCGCCCAUGGGCACAUGCUGAGCACUAAAAUCUAUAAUAAAUUUGAAUGUUUUUGAUU